AUGCUCACAACAAGGCCCCACUCAGGUGACCAGACCCUACCCCCGCUCGCCUUGCUCCGGUCCAAAGACAUCGAGAAGCAGGUGUUCACCCAUCGCAGCCUCCACGGCCGCCCGGGGCACCUCUUCGAGGACCCGCCCGACGAUCCCGCACCAGAUAACGAGAAGUUGGAGCACCAGGGAGACUCGGUGCUCUUGCUCGUCGUCACGGACCUGCUGCGCGAGGAGUAUCCGUACCUCAGAGUAGGGCCCUCCACGAAAAUCCGCUCGCUGGUGGUGAACAACUCGACGUUGGCCGCAAUCUCGCGGCAGUACAGGCUCUCCGAGAGACUGCGCCAGCACGUCUCGCAAUCCGUUGCUCUCCGCGCAUCUACGAACGUGCAAGCUGAUCUGUUCGAGGCAUAUGUAGGGGGACUGUACAUCGACCAGGGCCUGGACGCAGUCAAGGCCUGGCUGUACCCUCUCUUCCGGCCGUACAUCCACGAAGCGUACCGCAUAGUAAAGGAACAACAUACCGCGACGGGGCGCUUCACAGAGCCUGAACCAGAGCCCGAACCCGAACAACAAGCAGCCGAACAGGAGCCUGAAAACUCAGAAGACCACGAUGGGGACACACCACCUGUGAACACUCCCCGCGAUGCAUCAUCCACCACACCUACCCCGGAGCUGGGCAUUGCCUCCCCCACCGUCGGGCACCUCUCGCUCUUCAACCAGCACGUCUCGCGGCAGGGCAAAGUCGUCGAGUGGGUGUACGACGCCUCGGGCUCGCGCGCAACGCCGAUAUGGACCGCGAAGGCGCUCGUGAACGGCGACUGUCUCGGCUCCGGAAGGGGCCGCACGAAGCAGCUCGCGAAGGACGCCGCGGCGCGCGAGGGGCUCGCCAAGAUCGGCGUGCACGUCCCGUACGUGUUCCCUGGUAUGUGA